AUGAACGACCAAACGCAAUUCACAGAAAGAGCCCUAACGAUUUUGACAUUGGCUCAAAAAUUGGCCUCAGAUCAUCAACAUCCACAAUUACAGCCUAUACAUAUUCUAGCCGCUUUUAUUGAAACGCCUGAGGAUGGGUCAGUCCCAUAUCUGCAGAAUUUGAUUGAAAAGGGCCGUUACGAUUAUGAUCUUUUCAAAAAAGUAGUUAAUAGAAAUCUCGUAAGAAUUCCGCAACAGCAACCUGCUCCUGCCGAGAUAACUCCAAGUUAUGCUUUGGGAAAGGUUCUACAAGAUGCCGCCAAGAUUCAGAAACAACAGAAAGAUUCGUUUAUAGCGCAAGAUCAUAUACUAUUUGCUCUUUUCAAUGACUCGUCCAUUCAGCAAAUUUUUAAGGAAGCUCAAGUAGACAUUGAGGCUAUCAAGCAACAAGCCCUUGAACUUCGUGGUAACGCCAGAAUUGAUUCCCGUGGGGCUGAUACAAACACACCUUUGGAAUACCUAUCUAAAUAUGCCAUUGAUAUGACCGAGCAGGCCCGUCAAGGUAAGCUAGAUCCUGUCAUCGGCCGUGAAGAAGAAAUAAGAAGCACUAUCAGGGUUCUGGCUAGAAGAAUCAAGUCCAACCCAUGUUUGAUUGGUGAGCCAGGUAUCGGUAAGACCGCUAUCAUUGAAGGUGUUGCUCAAAGGAUUAUCGAUGAUGAUGUGCCCACUAUUUUACAGGGUGCCAAAUUAUUCAGUUUGGAUUUAGCCGCAUUGACUGCAGGUGCCAAGUAUAAAGGUGAUUUUGAAGAAAGAUUCAAGGGAGUCUUGAAGGAAAUCGAGGAAUCGAAAACUUUGAUCGUUUUGUUCAUCGAUGAAAUUCACAUGUUGAUGGGUAACGGUAAAGAUGAUGCUGCUAACAUCUUGAAGCCAGCUUUGUCUAGAGGCCAGUUGAAAGUAAUCGGUGCCACCACCAAUAAUGAAUAUAGAUCUAUUGUGGAAAAGGAUGGUGCCUUCGAAAGAAGAUUUCAGAAAAUUGAAGUUGCUGAGCCAAGUGUGAGACAAACUGUCGCCAUCUUGAGAGGUCUACAACCAAAAUAUGAAAUACAUCAUGGUGUAAGGAUCCUGGAUAGCGCCUUGGUCACUGCUGCUCAAUUAGCCAAGCGUUACCUACCAUAUAGAAGAUUACCAGAUUCUGCUUUAGAUUUAGUCGAUAUAUCUUGUGCUGGUGUUGCAGUGGCAAGAGAUUCUAAACCGGAAGAACUGGACUCUAAGGAACGUCAAUUGCAGUUGAUUCAAGUGGAAAUUAAGGCUUUAGAAAGAGAUGAAGACGCUGACUCCACCACUAAGGAUAGAUUAAAGUUGGCUAGACAAAAGGAAGCUUCGUUGCAAGAAGAAUUAGAACCAUUAAGGCAACGUUACAACGAAGAAAAACACGGCCAUGAGGAACUAACACAGGCUAAAAAGAAACUUGAUGAAUUAGAAAACAAGGCUCUUGAUGCGGAACGUAGAUAUGAUACUGCUACCGCUGCUGAUUUAAGAUAUUUUGCCAUUCCAGAUAUCAAGAAACAAAUCGAAAAGCUUGAAGAUCAAGUCGCUGAAGAAGAAAGGCGUGCUGGUGCCAGCUCUAUGAUUCAAAAUGUGGUCGAUUCAGAUACUAUUUCCGAAACAGCCGCAAGAUUGACUGGUAUCCCUGUUAAGAAAUUGUCGGAAUCUGAAAAUGAAAAGUUGAUUCAUAUGGAACGUGAUUUAUCUUCUGAAGUUGUGGGCCAAAUGGACGCUAUUAAGGCAGUCUCCAACGCCGUGAGAUUGUCCAGAUCUGGUUUAGCUAACCCAAGACAGCCAGCAUCCUUCUUAUUUUUGGGUUUGUCAGGUUCCGGUAAAACUGAAUUAGCUAAAAAGGUGGCUGGAUUUUUGUUUAAUGACGAGGAUAUGAUGAUCAGGGUCGACUGUUCCGAAUUGAGUGAAAAAUACGCUGUUUCUAAACUAUUAGGUACCACGGCAGGUUAUGUUGGCUAUGAUGAAGGUGGGUUCUUAACUAAUCAACUGCAAUACAAACCAUAUUCUGUUUUAUUAUUCGAUGAAGUGGAAAAGGCUCAUCCUGAUGUUUUAACUGUUAUGCUACAAAUGCUGGACGAUGGUAGAAUUACUUCCGGUCAAGGUAAGACGAUUGACUGCUCCAAUUGUAUUGUUAUUAUGACUUCCAAUUUGGGUGCUGAAUUUAUUAAUUCUCAGCAAGGAUCCAAGAUUCAAGACUCUACUAAAAAUUUGGUCAUGGGUGCCGUUAGACAACACUUCAGGCCGGAAUUUUUGAAUAGAAUCUCCAGUAUCGUCAUUUUCAAUAAACUAUCGAGAAAGGCUAUUCAUAAGAUUGUGGAUAUUCGUUUGAAAGAGAUUGAAGAGAGAUUCGAGCAAAAUGACAAACAUUACAAGUUGAAUUUGACCCAGGAAGCCAAGGAUUUCUUGGCCAAAUAUGGUUAUUCUGAUGACAUGGGUGCACGUCCACUAAACAGGUUAAUUCAAAACGAAAUUUUGAAUAAAUUAGCUCUUAGAAUCCUGAAAAAUGAAAUUAAGGAUAAGGAAACAGUUAAUGUCGUUUUGAAGAAAGGUAGAUCCCGUGAUGAAAAUGUUCCUGAGGAAGCCGAAGAAUGUUUGGAGGUUUUACCAAACCACGAAGCAACGGUGGGGGCCAAUGCCUUAGAUGAUGACGAUAACGGAGACAGUAUGGAAAUUGACGAUGAUUUAGAUUAG